AUGGUAAACCUUGCAUCAGAGCUCGACUGGUCUCCUCCGAAUGAUGCGAUGAAGUCCCGGGCGCACGCGUGUUUCAUCCGAACUAACUGGGAAUCUAUUCGCGAUAUCGCCUCUCAAGCUAACUACGGAAAGCCUUGCAAUUUGUCCGCACACUAUCGAGCGGGCGGCAGCUUUCUUGCGCGUCAGCUUGUGUUCGAGGAUGGACGUCGCUGGAUCGCUUGCGUUCAGCUUCACGAAGCGAGUCCUGAGACCUCUCGAGCGUUGCGCAUUGAAAUCGAUACAAUGAUCCUACUUGAGGAGAACAAAGCCCCAGUACCCCAUAUUUUCGCUUUCGAAGUCGACGAUACCAACCCGGCACGCUCUGCUUUCAUUCUACUCGAGUUCAUUCCUGGCAAUACCGCCGCAGAAGAAGCCGGUGGCUACGACUGGAGUCUUGUUCCACGCCAGCACCGUCCCGUUUUGUAUCGAACCAUAGCGACUGCACAUGUCCAGAUCGCCUCAUCACGUCUACCCAAGAUCGGUGCCGUUGUUCGCCAUGAGGACGGCGGCUUCACCGUGGGCGCCAUCCCGGGUCUUGGCGGACCGUUUGACACGGCGGCAUCCUUUAUGGCAGCUUGGGCUACCAAAAUGAAAUUUCCUGUCGAAGAAGACGAAAUCCGAAGGAGAGUACCUCUGUCAUUGAUUGACGAAGCCCUGGCUCUAGCUGCUCACAAUCACUAA